CCUGUGGCUCACACAAAAAUACAUCCUGAUAAGAAACUAGGUGAAAGUGUUCAGCAACUUCUUCUAGCAAAAAUUGCAGUCUACUUGAUGACUUUCUUAAUAGUCACAGUGGCAUGGGCAGCUCAUGUCAGGUUGUUUCAGGUGAUAGAGCUUAUAGAUGAUGUCCUCGCUCUUCUAAAUCUGGCUUGUAUGAUGAUCAUAACUUUCUUGCCAUACACAUUUUCCUUAAUGGCCUCCUUUCCAGAAGUACCUUUUGGCAUUUUCCUGUUCAGUGUCUGUGCUGUUGUCAUUGGCCUUAUACAGGCUGUGAUAGUAGCGUAUGGAUUCUAUCACCCACAUUUACUGAAUCAACAGAUACAGGUGUCUGAAAAUCAGAAUUUCUAUAAACGUCAUAUCUUAAAGAUCAUCCUAAGAGGACCAGCUUUAUGCUUUUUAGCAGCCAUCUUUUCUUUUUUCUUUAUUCCUUUGUCUUACAUACUUCUUGGCCUCGUAAUUGUUUUUCCACAUCUCACUCGAUUCUUUACAUGGUGUAAAACCAAGAUUGUUGGUCACAGAGAUGAAGAGGAGGAACACCAUAGCUUAGAAACCUUCACUUUUUACCUCAGUGAGCCUCUAAGUAAGGAACGGGUAGAAGCAUUCAGUGAUGGAGUCUACGCUAUUGUAGCAACCUUGCUCAUUUUGGAUAUAUGUGAAGACAACGUCCCUGAUCCCACGGAAGUUAAGGAGAAGUUCCAUGGCAGCCUUCUUGAAGCUUUAAGUGAAUAUGGGCCAAACUACCUUGCCUACUUUGGCUCAUUUGUAACGAUUGGUCUCCUGUGGUUUGUCCACCACUCACUUUUCCUUUAUGUAACAAAAGCUACACGAUUAAUGGGACUGCUGAACAUACUUUCACUGGCUUUCAUUGGUGGGCUUCCACUAGCUUACCAGCUGACCAGCGAAUUUGCAAAGAGGUCUCACAAUGAAAUAGAAGCCAUUCAGGUCAGCUGUGUUAUCACUUUCUUUGCCAGCAUAUUUCAGUUUGCAAUAUGGACUACAGCCCUCCUCCAUGAAAGGGAAACUUUGCAUCCUUUUGCUAGAUACGGUGGCAAGGAGCAUGCCUUCAUGUUUGCCAAGCUGGCUCUCUACCCUUGUGUAAGCCUUGGGGCCUUCUUUCUAACAUGCUUGUUAAGUGAAUUUAGCACAGCAAUUUUCCAUCUUAUGCAGAUUGUAAUCCCAUUUGCUUUUCUUGCCUUGCGCAUUUUCGUUAGAAUUGCUUUAACGGUCAUAAAGUCCAUGAUGUCUCUCUCCAGGCGGAAGGUUGUACUGUUAGAAGAAGAGGAGGCAUGUUUGUCUCCUACUGAAACACUGUCCUAAACUUCUGUGCAGUGCAUGUAAAGUUACAACAUUAACUUCAGUUCUGCUAAUUCACAUUACCUUCAUGUGUCGAAUGUAUUGGUCUAAACUGGCCGUAACUGGGGCAUAUUUAAUUUU